AUGGUGUGUUAGAGGCUCUUCUUUUUGAGGAUUCCGCCCAUUCUCUCUUGACAGCUCCGUCUUUCUUAACAUACUCACUGCGCUCUUUCUGAAGCUCCUGCGCGAAACCCUUCCUCAGGCGCGUGAGUGUGACACGCACAAUCUCUUGAAAAUAUUUUUCUUCACCUAAAAUCACUGCUGUUUGAGUUUUGAGACGUAGCCUAUACGACACCACCGCUUUUCUAGUUUAUUUACUCGGAAGGGUAAACGCCUCUGGAAAUGGGGAUGCGUGGAGUUUUGGUUUAUGCGAUUUUUGCGGUUUUCAUCGAUCCAUGUCGGGGGACUUUAAUGAACUGCAAUGAAGUGCGUAAAGUUUUCCAGUCGAAGGAAAUCGGACCUGUAAAAUCAAUACCUGAAACCCCGAGAACAGGUUCAGAUCUUCAGGUUUGUUUGUCAAAGAAUCUAACGUGCUGCACCAAGAAGAUGGAGGAGCGUUACCAGGUGGCAGCGCGACGGGACAUCCAGAACCUCCUCCAAACAACCAGCUCUAGUCUGAAGUUCCUCAUCUCACGCAACGUGGCUGCUUUUCAAGAAACCGUGGACUCCCUGGUGCGUCAGGCGGAGAAUCACACUCACGCCGUCCUCCUGCACACGUACCGUGAUCUGGCCGGUCCGGCGGCGGCUCCCAUCGGGGAAUUUUUCACGGACGUGGGUCUCUUUGUCUUGGGCUCCGAGCUUAGCCUGGAAGAAGCUUCGCAUCGCUUCUUCGACGCCCUUUUCCCCCUGGUUUACGAGCGGUUGGUGGAGCCGGAUCUGUCACGCUUGUCUCCGUCGUACUCAGAAUGCGUCCGUGCCUCCUGUCGGGAUCUGGGGCCGUACGGUGGAGCCCCGGGUCGCCUCGCCGCGCUCAUCUCCCGUGCCUCGCUUCCCAGCCGGGUGUUCCUCCAGGCGCUACACUUGGGCGUGGAGGUCAUCAACACAACCGACCAUAUUCAGCUCAGCCGCGAGUGUAGACGCGGCCUACUGAGGAUGAGUUACUGCCCGCACUGCCAGGGUCUGACCUCCAGCAAGCCCUGCAUGGGCUACUGUCUCAAUGUGAUGCGAGGCUGUCUCGCCAGCCUGGCCGAAGUGGACGUCCACUGGAGGGAGUUUGUGCGCUCGUUAGAGACGCUCUCCACCCGCAUGCACGGGGGGCAGGAUCUGGAGCAAGUGCUUCUGGAAGUUCACGGGCUGGUGAGGGACGCUGUGGCCCAUGCUCAGAGGAACACGCCACGACUUUCUGCACAGGUGCACAGGUUGUGCGGUCACCCCGUCAGACAGCAGCCGGAGCAGGUGAGCAGCGGUCAGCACGGCAGCGCAGGACGAGACUCUAUUCCUCUGAAAGCAGUGGUCAGAAAUGCAGACGACACGCUGAGCAACAGGAGGAAAGAGUUCCUCAGCAGUCUGCGUCUGCACCGUGCCUUCUACGGCGGCCUGGCCGACCAGCUGUGUGUGAGCGAGCUGGCCUCUGAAGACGGGACGGCCUGCUGGAACGGGGCUGGUGUGGCCAGCUACACUCUCCGAGUGGUUGGCAACGGCAUUAAAGCCCAGGCUGAAAACCCAGAAGUCAAAGUGAAGGAGGCCGACCCGGUGAUCAGUCAAGUCAUUGAUAAACUGAAGCACAUCAAUCAGCUGUUGCAGGGCAAGUCAAUCCCAAAGUUGGGCACACUGGACCAAAUCGAGACCGGAAGUGGAGACGGAUACAGCGGAGACUGUGAUGAUGAGGAUGGAUGCUGGGGAUCAGGGAACGGAGCAGCUGAGAGGAGAGGAAUUGGAACUAAAUGGACACCGGAAAAUACCAACAAUCACCGAUACCAUCACCCACAAAGCAAAGGCUUUGAUCAGAUGAAUUCUGGCACAAGAGGAGCACAAACCGUCCCGCUGGCUCUGGUCUCGAUAUGUGCGUUUGCGCUGUUGUCAGGGUAACAGCAGCCAACUGGGUCUAAACCCCAGUCUCAAGACUGCUUUUCACACUGUUUUUUCAGAAAGAAAAGGAAAACGUGCCAGCUUUUAAAACAUUGAGGUUGAAAUUCCAGCGAGGAGAUGUUCUUGAAUGGAAACUGAUCGUACAAAUUGAUGCAAUGAGAACUGAAGAUGACCUGAGAGUUAAAAAUAAGAAAAAAAACUGUCCUUUCAAAAACCUUUUUAAUCACAAAGUGUUUCUAUCAUAAAUAUAACAGGCUACUAGAUAUUCUGCCAACACUUUACUGCCUUGAAUAAUGUCUUUUCUACAGGGUUCAGAGCAACACAUUCAGAGAAAAAAAUUAAUUAAAUUCUUUAAUGAUGUAUAUUCAAAAAAUUGUUGUGAGCUGAAAUAAGCACUGCACGUAUCAGCAUUUUAUUUUUUGUUUCUUUGUUUUUGUUUUUUUUAUAGAAAUGAUGCAAUAUUUCUGAUGUCACAUACUGCUUUAUGAAUACGUCUCGGUACCAUGUACCUAAAUGACCUCCUUUUUUCAGCAUUUUUAAAUGUACUGUUUUUUUUCUUUUCAUCUUAAAUGGCGUAUGACGCACCUUAACAAAGUGUAUAAAGAAGUUUUGAGUUACUAUGUAUUUAUUCUUGGUUACAGAGUGACAUUAAACAGAUAAUGAAACUAAACAUCUGCCACGUGAAGUUGAAUGCAUGGAAAAUAUGAUCACUUU